GGUUAAAGUACACGUUGAAAACCGGUCCAUCAGCAGUUGCUGAAACUGAAAUUAAGUGUUAGGUUGGAAGACAAAACGUGACAAAUGGCAGGCGGGAAGAAAAAGGCAGCAAAAAACAAACCUCAGAAGAAUAGUUACUAUCACGAAAAUGACAGUAAGAAGAGGCAGGUGACACCUGAGAAACAGAAACCUACACAGAAUGGGGCCAAGAAAGCGGAUCCACCUCAAAAGGGGUCAAAACCUACCAAAAAGCAUGAGAGUCGGUCAUGCUUCCCACUUAUCUGUGUACUGUUUAUCGUUUCCUCAAUGGUGGCUGUGGGCGCAGUUAUUUAUGCUAAUGAAGAAUAUCAAAUUUUGAUAGAAAGGACAUUAGAGAAAUAUGAAGUGAAAGAUAAGCUGCUUAUGGCCUAUGACCAGCUUGAGUCAUUAAAACUUCAACUACACAAAGCCUUCUUACAGCUUAAGUCUCAAAUUGAAGAGCCUGAAUCUGAAAAAAGUCAAAGGCCGAAGAGAGAUUCUGCAGGUCAAAAGACAGAAGAUUUUGAGGAAAUGACAGAAGAGGAAGUAGUUGAAGAAAUUAAUGAAGAAAUAAUAAUGGAACAAGAUGUUCAACAGGCUCGCAAACAACCAGGAAAAAUUGAAGCGGAAUCAGAAGUUGCAUCUUCAGAUGAGAUGGAUAUAAAUGAACCUGAACCUGAACCUAUUCAAGAAUUUGAACCAGAAUAUGCUGAAGACUUCAAACCAGAACAUUUUGAAACUGAUGAGUUAGAAAAAAUGGAAACCUUAGAACCAGAGCAUGUUGAAUCCUUGGAACAUUCUGAAAUGGAACAGUUAAAUGCUGAUAUUGCUGAACAUGACCAGAGGCCAGCAUUGGAGGUUCCUGAACCUAAAGAACCAGAACAACGAGAGACAGAUGUAGAAGAGGUCCAUGAACCAGUAGUACCAGAAGAUGAGAAACUGAAACAGGAUGAAGCUGAUAUCCCUGAACCUGUACCAGAUGCUGAGAAGCCAGAACCAGAACUACCAGAGGUCCCUAAACAGGUAGAAUCAGAAGCCAGGAAACGUGAGCCUAAGGUAGCUGAUGUACCUGAACCUAUGGAAACAGAAAUCAAGAUAACGGAGUCAGAAGUCCAUGAACAUGUAGAAACAGAAGCUGAAAUACAAGAGCCGCAGGUUGCUGAGGUCUCUGAACCUGUAGAACCAGAAGCCAAGAAACCAGAGUUAGAUGAAUUAGGAGUAGAAAUACAAAUACAUGAACCAGAAGAUGUUAUAUUCAAUGAACCUGAGCAACCAGAACUGGCCCAAUUUGAUGAACCUGAUGUUGUGAAAAUACAUGAAUAUGAAACAAAAACAGUUAAUGAACAAGAACAACCUGACAUCACUCAACCAGGAAUAACUGAAUCCACUGAACCAGAACUAACUCAUGCUAUUGAACCAGAAACGGUACAUGCUACUGGAGGGGAACAAAUUCUUGAACCAGUGAAGCCUCAAGCAACUAAACCAGAUCUAGACAAAUUCACCGAGCCAGAUCUUGUUCGAGCUUCAGAAACAAAGAAAGUUCCAGAACCAGAACAACCAGAAAUUACCGAAACAAAGCAAGAACAAAAACAUGAACCAGUACAGCCAGAAAUAACUGAAUCAGAGCCUUUACAGGUCGUGGAUCCAGACCCAGCCAUAAAACCAGAACAAGAUUCAAAACCUUCAGAAUUUGUGGAGAAAGAACAGAUGUUAUCUGAACAACUUCAGCAGGAUCAAAUUGAACAACAUGAGACAAUAAAUGAACCAAGCAUAGACAGUUUAGAAAAGAAAAUCUCAUCUAUGUUAGAUAAUGAUGAUGACAUUGAAGAUCAUUUUGAUGUCAAUGAUCAGGGUAAGUUAGAUGUUCAGGGUGUGUCUGACCCAAUUAUUGAGGAGGUUACUCCUGAACCAGUCAGAGAGGAAGUUAUUCCUGAACCUAUCAGAGAAGAGGUUAUUCCUGAACCAGUCAGAGAGGAGGUUACUCCUGAACCAGUCAGAGAGGAGUUUACUCCUGAACCAGUCAGAGAGGAGGUUACUCCUGAACCAGUCAGAGAGCAUGUUACUCCUGAACCAAUCAGAGAGGAGGUUACUCCUGAACCAGUCAGAGAGGAGUUUACUCCUGAACCAGUCAGAGAGGAGGUUACUCCUGAACCAGUCAGAGAGCAUGUUGCUCCUGAACCAAUCAGAGAGCACGUUACUCCUGAACCAAUCAGAGAGGAGGUUACUCCUGAACCAGUCAGAAAGGAGGUUACUCCUGAACCAGUCAGAGAGGGCAUUACACCUGAACCAGUCAGAGAGGAGGUUACUCCUGAACCAGUCAGAAAGGAGGUUACUCCUGAAGCAGUCAGAGGGGAAGUUACCCCUGAAGCAGUCAGAGAGGAGGUUACUCCUGAAGCAGUCAGAGAGGAGUUUACUCCUGAACCAGUCAGAGAGGAGGUUACUCCUGAACCAGUCAGAGAGGAGGUUACUCCUGAACCAGUCGGAGAGGAGGUUGCACCUGAACCAAUCAGAGAGGAGGUUGCACCUGAACCAGUCAGAGAGAAGGUUACUCCUGAACCAGUCAAACAGGAGGUUGCACCAGAACCAGUCAGAGAGGAGGUUACACCUGAACACAAGAAAGAGGAAGAUGUUCAGACAGAUAGUGGAGAGACAAAGACAGAUGGUAAGAUGUCAGAAAAGGAAGAAGAGAGAAAAAGAAAAGCAGAGGAGAAAGCAGCAUAUCCCAAUCUAUUGAUCACUAACAGCCGUGACUACAGGAACAGGAAGAGACUAGACAGUGCUGACCAACUGAGUGAUGAUGGAGAUUUAGAAGGAGCACUGGAAAAGUAUGAUAAGGUUUUGCAGAGCUACCCCAACAGUCCACGGGCUAAUUAUGGCAAGGGUUUAGUUCUGGACAAAAUGGCUGAAAAAAUGCAGAGUAAUGCUUUUCUGGAGCAAGCCAUCAGCAGUCUCGACAAACUCCUUAACAUUCCCGAUGUUCCUGACAGGCUACUGAUCCUUGGUGGCAGAUAUUUGGCUGAGAGACAACAGUUUAGAGGCUGGGGAGAUAAAGCUUCAAAGACCUGGCGCCACCUGGUGGAGAAAUUCCCGGAGGACUAUAAUAUACGGAACCAGCUGGGUUUAAGCUACAUCCUCACAGGGAACAUGGUGUCAGCCAAGAACGCAUUCUCUGAGGUUCUUUCCAUCAAUCCCACUGAUGGAUUUGCAAAGGUUCAUCUUGGCUUCAUAUUGAAAUCCACUGACCUGAACUUCAAGGAGGCCAUUCCAUUGCUUCAGGAGGGGAUAUCAACAGGGGAGCCUGGGACAGAAGAUGGGAGAUUCUAUUUCCAUUUAGGGGAGGCACUACAAAGGAUAGGUGAUACAGAGGAGGCCUACAAAAUUUACCACCAAGGAGCUGCCAAACGUCUUUUCCUGUCGGCCUACCAAAGGUCAUUGUAUAAUGUCUGGACAUUGACCAGUCGACCUUGGUGGACAGUGGAGGAAACCGGAUAUGGUAGACAUAUAAAGCUACUAGAAGAUAACUGGAAGGUCAUUAGAGAUGAAGCUGUAAGCCUACUCAAUUCUAACACCAAGGAUUUCCUUCCAGAGGACGAGAAUCUCCGGGAAACCGGAGACUGGAAACAGUUAACUUUAUACAGUAGAGGAAAAAAAGACAAAAAUAAUUGUAACAAGGCUCCGAAGACUUGUGAAAUAAUUGAACAGAUUCCUGAUUCUAAAGAAUGUCGCCGUGGUCAGGUGAAGUUCUCUGUGAUGCAGCCCGGAGUGCAUGUCUGGCCCCACUGUGGUCCAACAAACUGUCGUCUUCGUGCCCACCUGGGACUAGUGGUGCCACCUGGCCCCAGAAUCCGGGUCGCUAAUGAAACAAGACAAUGGCAGGAAGGCAAAGUAUUUGUGUUUGAUGAUUCAUUUGAACAUGAAGUGUGGCAUGAUGGGAAUAAAUCAAGGAUGGUGUUAAUUGUGGAUUUCUGGCAUCCACAGCUGGACAAGGAAACAAAGCAGGGCCUUUCUUCAAUUUGAUCGAACGUCUACUGACUAUUCUGACCCUGAUAUCUACUGAACAACGAAGGAAAGUAUUAAAUGUGGAGUACGGAAUAUCUUUGAGUAGAAACAACAGCUAAACAUCAACAUUUGGAGUACAGAAUAUCUGUAUGUGAAAAUUUAGAUCGGUCUUAAUGGAUCUGCAGUAACAUGUAUUUCUACUUUAAUAGCAAAUUUAAAUAGCUAGUGAUUGGCAAUCAGUUUGAAAUCAUGAUUGAUAAUAGGUUUGUAAUCGGAAGUAAUGAGUCGAUUGAUCUCAUGCAUAAUCGGUUUAUAGUUAUACGAUUAAUGAUCAAUUGCAUAAUCGGUUUGUAGAUUUAUAUGAUUGAUUAUCAAUUGCAUAAUCGGUUUAUAGUUUAUGCGAUUA